GAAAUGUCAACCAAACGUACAAUUUCAGUGUCUCCUGCUACCAGCAGCUCUUCGUAUGCACUACCAUCUCCUCUACCUGUAGACUUUUUGGCCCACUCCAAGCCGACCCUCCAUGGACUAGCUCAAGCGGCUUUGAGUAGCACCGUAACGGCUACAGUUAGCCCCCUUUCACUUACGUCGGAUACUCUGGCGAAGAGUGCAAAAAUGUUUGCAGCAACGGACACGACACUAGAUAGGACACGAGGUACACUAGAGAGGCUAGCGAAGGGAGUUAAAGAACUGGAUGAACGAGCACGCAGCUCCAAUGAAGCGUUGAAGAUUUGUGUCGCGGAGACGUUGGACCAACUAGCUGGACAGUGCGGGUCAGGACCACGGAGAAUAUGACAAAAGGAUCCAUUCAUUCUCUCAUGGUUCUCUGCAACAUGCAUGACCAACAUAAAGCUCCUGCUUGCGUUCCAGCAGUACGGGUGGAGUAUGGACCGCUGUCAGAGGAAAAAGUAUUGUGAGACCCAGCUCCCGCCCGUUUACAUUCAAUUCCUGGAAAGCUGGCUCGGACAUGUCAGGAGCGCCAAAUGAAAAUGAAACUGAUUCCAAAGAGUGGAUCUUUCCAAUUUUUGGGACAUCUCUGAAUCGUUGUGAUAUUAGGAUAGUUUUCAUGUCGAUGUAAGCGAUCCACCGCGAACUGUCGCCUUGUGGAAAAUAUACGAGAGGGGUUUUCUUAACGCA